GUGGAAAGACAACCAUCAUCGUUUUCCAACCCUAUCACUAAUGGCACGAGAUUUGUUGAGCAUUCCUAUUACUACUGUGGCUUCAGAAUCUGCAUUUAGCAUGGGUUCUCAUGUUUUGAAUAAGUAUAGAAGUCGUUUGUUGUCAGAUAAUGUUGAAGCGGUGAUUUGCACCAGAAAUUGGAUACGUGGAUAUGAUGAUUUUGAGGAAGAUAAAGAUCAGGAAGAUAUUGCAAAAGGAGAAGGCUAUUCUUCAGGAGUUGGUUCCAAUGAUAUUAUUGACUUAUAUGAAGAUGAAGAUGAAAAUUAAGUGUAUUGAAUUAAGUUUAAUUUGCUUUGAAGACUAUUUAUAAUUAUGUUUUUGGACUUUGGAUUAUAUAUUUAUUUUGUCUA